AUCAUCUGUAUUCUGUACUGCAUGUAGUGUUUUUCUUGUAUUUUCUCCCGAUGUGUAGGUUAGGACGGCUAAAUUUACAAUUGAGGUUUUUCAUUGUGAAACCGUAAUGAUAUGCAAUUGCUUGGCGAUUAGCGUGCCAAAGUGGUCUCGGCGAUUACGGACAGCUUUUUAAUAAAGAUUUCGGGUGUUUGCGCGCGUUAAUGGGAUAGCACGAAAAUAUUGUGGAUGCUCGCGUGGUAAUUGGCAGAUUGCUUUCAAUGAGCGCUCUUUUGAAUAGUCCAGUGAGGUAAACUGGUUUGUGUCCGGAGCAUCGUGGAGGUGAGUCGAUCGUAAUAAUUGGGAUACGAGUGGAGAAAAAAGAAAAAAAACGGCGAAUGAUGGCUAAUGCAGAGGCAGCUAUGGGUCGUCAAUCUGGUGAAAAUACCAGCUGGAGGAAAAAUAUUAUAUCUCAGCUGCGCGACAGAAAUAGAACCCAAACACAAUGCUUCUACGAUCUAAUUAGUUUGCAUAAUCGUUUGUUUGACAAUGCCAAUACGUUGCGAGGUGAAAAAUUGCAAUUGUCGAUAGCAAACGAGAAACUACGUUGCGAAGUAUCUAGUGGUAUACCGAGCUCCGGUGCUAAUGCGGCUCUCGAGGCAAAAUUAUUGGCCCAAGCCGAUGAAUUAACGAUGCUACAUAGAAGAAGAGGCGAGCAUACUCAGCAGAUUGUAGAUUUGAAUAAUAAAGUGCAAGAGGUAAUGAAGGCACUUCAAAUAAAAGAAUCGAGUUUGGCCGAAAGCAUAGAGAUGAAUACUAAUUUAAAUUCAGAAAUUAAAAGGUGCAUUUCGAAGGAAAGAGAAUUGGAAAAUGUAAAUCAAAUGUUGAAAGACGAACAUCAGGCCUUGCAACUUGCUUUCGCAUCGCUCGAGGAUAAGCUGAGAAAAGCACAAGAAGAGAACCGACAAUUGGUAGACCGCUUAAUCAAGUAUAAGGCGAAGGAUGCUGAGAAAAUGAAUGAAGAGAACGAUAAUUUUUUAAAUGAGAGUUUUACCAGCCCCACAGCCUUUUUGAUGCAUUCCAUUUCAAAGUUUGGAAAACGACAAGCCAAAAUGCAAAAAGAAUUAGAAGAUGCGGCAAAAGACACUAGACCUGCUAGUCCCGAUCGUAUAAAUUUAAAGGAAGGAACAGCCAAUCUAACAAUGUCGGUGCCUACAGAAGUCUCCAUCAAAUUUAACGCACACGAAGGCGAGGUGAACGCUGUCAGAUGGUCGCCCACCGACAGAAUUCUCGCUACUGGCGGCGCCGACAGGAAAGUCAAGUUGUGGGAUAUAACCAAAGGUAAUUAAUAACCAUCUUACGCGUUAUUGCGAGCACGUACAAGCAUUCAGGGAGUAUCGCUUUUCAUAU